AGGAAGAAGCGCCGGGAAAGAUGGCGGCGGCUGCGGUUUGAAUUCCAGCGGCGCCGCCAGAGUCCGAACAAGAGCAGGAUUGGAGGGGGCGGGGACCUGGGGAGUCUGCGGGUCGCGACAGCCGGGGGAACCAGUUGGCGCCGCCGCCACGGACACCAACGCCACCACCUUCUCUGUGUCCAUGAUGGAGUCGGUGUUGGAAGAGGACGUCACCCUCCCCGGGACGCUCGGCGGCUGCAGUGGCCUUGUUCCCAAUUUACCAGACGACGUGGAUGGCAUCAGCCCCAUUGCUGGUUUGGGAAAUGGUGUGCUCCCAAAUGUGUCCGAAGAAACAGUGUCUCCCACCAGAGCACGGAACAUGAAGGACUUUGAAAAUCAAAUCACUGAAUUGAAGAAAGAAAACUUUAAUUUAAAGCUCCGCAUCUAUUUCCUGGAGGAAAGAAUGCAACAGGAACUUGAUGGCCCCACCGAACACGUCUAUAAAACUAACAUCGAACUGAAGGUGGAAGUGGAGAGUCUGAAGCGGGAGCUCCAGGAGAGGGAGAAGCUUCUCAUCAAAGCCUCUAAAGCAGUUGAGAGCCUGGCUGAAGGGGGUGGCUCCGAAGUGCAGCGGGUGACAGAAGAUGCCCAGAAGAAGGUGCGGCAGGUCGAAGAGCUCCUGAACGAGAGAAUAUUCCAUCUAGAAGAGGAUGUGAAAGCCGCCCAGGCAGAACUGGAAAAGGCCUUUGCGGGGACAGAGACAGAGAAGGCUCUUCGGUUGAGCCUGGAAAACAAGCUCUCGGAGAUGAAGAAGAGGCACGAGGGGGCCUUGGACAUGACUGUGGUCCUGGAGCAGAAAGACAGACUGAUUGAGGAGUUGAAGCUGUCUUUGAAGAGCAAAGAAGCUUUAAUUCAGUGCCUUAAAGAGGAGAAAUCUCAGAUGGCACGUCCUGAUGAGAGCGUGUCAUCUGGAGAGCUCCGAGGACUUUCUGCCGCUCCAAGGGGAGAAAAGGAGAGAGAUGCUGAGGCUGUACAAAUGGAGCUCCAGAAGGAGAGACAGCGCUUUGAAGAGAGGAUCCAGGCACUUCAGGAGGACCUGCGAGAGAAGGAAAGAGAGAUUGCUACAGAAAAGAAAAAUAGUUUAAAGAGGGACAAAGCCAUUCAGGGUCUAACCAUGGCAUUAAAGUCAAAGGAAAAAGAGGUGGGAGACCUUAACGCUGAAAUCCAAGAGCUCAGUGCUGCCUUUGCCGAAGCCACAGAGGGGCCCCCGAAAGCGGAGACACAGAAAUUGCAGGGGUCUGAGGAUUGUGAGGCUGCUCUGCUGGACAAGGCCACCCUUUUGGUGCAGCUGCGCUCAGAAAACCUCAACAAGAGCGCGGAGAACCACCGACUGCGUAGGAGCGUGAGGAAGGUGACCCAGGAGCUGAGCCGCCUGCAGCAGGAGAGAGAGAGACUGGAGAAGGACUUGGAGGAGGCCCAUCGCGAGAGGAGCAGAGGGGACCGCACCAUCCACGACCUUAGGAAUGAAGUUGAGAAAUUACGCGAUGAAGUGAAUGAGAGAGAGAAGGCCGUGGAGAAUCGUUACAAGAGUCUUUUGAGUGAAAGCAAUAAAAAAUUGCACAGUCAAGAGCAGAUGAUCAGAAGUCUAACAGGAAGUAUGAAUCCAAAGGACUUGUUGCUUCGGAAAUUCAGUGAAAAAGAUUCGGAAGCAGUCCAGCAGAACCGUCAUUCACAGACCGGGGAGGAUCUCACGGUCAGGAGUGAAGACUCCCCGGAAAAGUGCUCUUUGUGGCGGUCACCAUGCAAACGGCUCUUCUCCGAGGAAAAGCAACAAUUAGACUAUGAAGAGCUGAUUCAAGUCUUAAAGAAGGAGCAGGACAUCUAUACUCACCUGGUAAAAUCUCUGCAGAACCCAGACAGUAUCAACAGCCUGCAGGCCGAACUGAGCAGCAUUUCCGCUCUGCGGACGCAGCUGGAGCAGGACGUGCUCUCCUGUCGGAAUUUGCAAAGGACCCUGGAGGAGCAGAUCAGUGACAUUCGGAGGCGGGAAGAAGAACCAUUUUCAUUUUAUAGCGAUCAAACAUCUUACCUGAGUAUUUGCCUUGAAGAGCACAAUCGGCUUCAAGUGGAACAUUUUUCUCAAGAAGAACUUAAGAAAAAGGUUAGUGACCUGAUACAGUUGGUGAAGGAACUGUAUACAGACAACCAGCACCUGAAGAAAACCAUUUUUGAUCUCUCCUGCGUGGGUUUCCAGGGGGGUGACGGACCUGAGGCAACAGAGCAAACAGAGCUUCUGGCUAGCAAGGAGGACGAGGACACGACCAGACUUGGAGAGGAUGACGAGAAUAACUUCCUGAGCGACCAGCUCUUGGAGCAGAGCAACAAGGUUGUGGAGGAUUAUUCCAAAGGAGGUUGCAAAAAUGGAUAUUUGAGGCACACGGAUUCCAAUAUUCUAGAUUCCGACGGCGCCCACAAGCCUGGCUGCCCCAGAGACCGGAGUCUAGAAGAAGGCGAACUCAUGAACUUGCUUGCCCCGUUUUUCAGUGAGAAGGCCACGUUGUUACUGGAAUCCAGGCCUGACCUUCUGAAAGUGCUGCGUGAACUACUUCUGGAACGAAUAUGCUUGGCAGAGCAGGGAGUUUCUGCAGAACACCUUGACGGUAAAACUGAGACGUCACUCAGGCAAAUGGUUGUACAGCUGAGAGGUGAACUCGGACAUUUCACCCGACCCAACUCGUUGUCCAAAUCCCACGAUGAACUGAAGUCGCCUCGGACGGCCCGGCUAGAAAUGGCAGGUGAAGCAUCCAAGCCGGAACUGAAAGAUGCCUCCGUGCAGACAGUGACCGUGGAGGGUGACACGCUCGGAUUCCAGCAGGAGGGCAAGAGAGAGGCUUGGGAAGAGAAGCCGCCGGAUGCCGUGCUCCACACGGAGGGUCAGCCGGAGAACUUGUGCACAAUGUCAGGGAGGCACGUCACCCCCCUUGCCUUCCCCGGUGGGACCCACAAAGAUGCCAAGAAGUCCCGCUUGCCCAUCCUGAUAAAAGCGUCCCGGUCAUUAGGAAAUGUGUACCGCCUCCCCGCCACCCAGGAGCUGGUGACCCAGCUGCAGGGCCAGGUCCUGGAGCUGCAGGGGGAGCUGAAGGAGCUUAAAGUCCGCAACAGGCAACUUCGGCAAAAGUUAAUUCUGGCUGAAGCGAUGACGGAGGGGAGGCCAGCGCCAGACAAAACGCUCCUGAAAGACUCUGAAAUUUACCAGCCCGAUGGCCUUGCCGUCUUGCCAACGUGCAAUGAGAAUCCUUCUGAAGAUUUUCCGGGCCCGACCUCAGUAGCUACUUACUUGAGUCAGCUUCCCACUAAAGUCCGAGUGAUUGGGACCCACCAGUCAGAGAACGUUGACACCUCGGGUGAUGCAGAAAACUUAAAACAGAAAAUCUGUGACUUGGAAACUGAGCUCGAGGGCUACCGGAAUUUCUUAUUUCAGCUUCAAAAGCACUCCCAGUGCAGUGAGGCCAUUAUCACAGUUUUGUGUGGGACAGAAGAAGUGGCCCAGGAUGCCUUGAACAAGCCCAAGGGUAGUACCGACGAAGAAGAAAUGACCUUUUCAAGUUCGCAGCAGGUUCGGUAUGUGAAACACAUGAAGAUCCUUCAUCAGCUGGCUCCAGAGGUGACCGACGGUGGGCUGCUGGAGGGCCUCAGACGGCAGCUGGUGGAUCGGGAGUGUCAGCUGCAGAAGGAGCAGAACUUGAACAUGGAGCUUUUCAGUGAAAUCCGUAACCUGCAGAAUAGGUUCAGAGAUUUCUCCCCCUCCAGAUAUGAUUCAUUAGUUCAGUCCCAAGCCAGGGAGCUCUCCCUUCAAAGACAGCAGAUUAAGGACAGCCAUGGCAUCUGUGUCAUUUACCGUCGACAUAUGAACACCGUGAUUAAGGCAUUUGAGGAGUUGCUACAGGCCAGCGACGUGGAUCGCUACGUGGCCGAGGGCUUCCAGGAGCAGCUGAAUCAGUGUGCGGAGCUACUCGAGAAACUGGAAAAGCUGUUCCUCGACGGGAAAUCGGUGGAAGUGGAAAUGAGCACCCAGGAUGAACCGAUGGAGAGGAUUGAGGAAGACAAUUUAACCUACCAACACAUCCUGCCUGAGUCUCCUGAGCCUUCUGCCUCUCACGCGUUGUCCGACUGUGAAAUGUCCGAGAAGUCCUCCGGCCUCUCACGAGACCAGAAGCAAGGCAGUGAGACCGGGAGGACCUCGGUAAUGGCGAACCAUUUUUCUCAAGACUUAGUAAUGGAACAUAUACAAGAAAUUCGAAGCUUGAGGAGACGUUUAGAAGAAUCAAUCAAAACAAACGAGAAACUUCGGGGACAACUGGAAAGGCAAGGGUGUGAAUUUGAUCAAGGUUCUACGAACGGUUUGGCUUAUGGAUCAGAGCUGCAUAAUUCUCUGACAUCAGAGAUCUGUUUCCUGAGGAAGCAGAACCAGGCUCUCAAUACAAUGCUCGCCAAGGGAUCCAGAGAUAAACAGAAGGAGAAUGAGAAAUUACGCGAGUCCCUCUCCAGGAAGGCUGCGAACCUCGAGCUCCUUCGGCGAGAGUACGCCUGCUUGAAGGAGGAGAAUGAGAGGCUGCAGAGGGAGGUCUGCGAGCGGGACAGGCACUCCCAGCAGCUGCUCCGGGAAGUGUGCAGCACCCGCGACGAACUGAGCAGGGUGCAGGAGGAGGCGAAGUCGAGGCAGCAGCUGCUCUCCCAGAACGACAGGCUCCUGCAGUCCCUGCGGGUGGAGCUGAAGGUGUACGCGAAGCUGGACGAGGAGCACAGGAGGCCGAGAGAGCCAUCAGGAGAAGGCUGGAGGGGACAGGACCCUUUCAGCGACCUGCACGGUCUCCUAACAGAGAUCCAGGCCCUGCGGGGACAGCUGGAAAGGAGCAUCGAGACCAACAGCAUGCUGCAGAGCAAGCUGGAGGGGCAGCUGGCGAAGGAGGGGAAGAAGGCUCAGGAAGGAGCCCUCACCGGGGCUCUCCAGACCCCCUGUGUCCCCGAGUGGCCCCUGCAGCUGGGCAAGCACGAUGCUGACAAGUGCCCCAUGCCUGGAGAUAAUUCCUGCGACCCGUUUGACUCCCUCCUGGUGGCGCCACCACGGUCAGCUUCGGAGACUCCGCCGCUGUCCGGAAAUGACACGGACUCCCUCUCCUGCAGCAGUGGCACUUCGGUCACCGGCACGCCGUGCGCGUCCCACCUGGUCCCUGGCCACCGCCUGUGGGCCGACGACAGCGGCUGCCACGUCCUGGGCCUGACUGGGGACUUCGAGGCCCUGUGCCAGCAGAUUGGCCAGGGCCAGAAGCUCCUUGCCGAGAUGGCCCUUCAGAUCCAAGAGGCUCCCCACCCUGCAGGUCUGGAGCUGGAGACAAAGGGUCCACACUCGGCGCCCCCGGGCGGGUUUGUCACCAGCGUGGGCACAGCCAAGCUGAUCCUCGAAGAGGCCGCAAGGUUACUGACGCUCUUCUGGAGGGCCUCGCUCCCCACAAAUGACCAGUGCUCGCUUCAGGGUGAACAGGCUGGAGAAAUGAAGGCAGAGAUCACCAGACUACACAAAAAGCUGUUUGAACAAGAAAAAAAGUUGCAGAACUCUGUGAAGCUUUUGCAGCUGAGCAAGCGCCAGGAAAAAGUCAUCUUUGACCAGUCUGAGAGCGUCCGGUCGGCGGGACCUCUGAAAUCGUCCUACCCGGGGAACCUCGUCGGGUUCCUGUACCUGCUGAAAGGAGUCCAAGGAGGAAAAAUGCCCAGAGCUCAUGCUUUCCCUCGGCUGAUGGGAAGCCCGCCCUAAGGGUAAAAAUUGACUUUGCAGAACUGCCCGUGACCCUUGCCUUGGGCCUUGGCACACGGGUUUGCUUGGAGGCGGGCACACCCCCUUCCCAGAGAAACCACAGCGUGUGGGGGCUAGUCAGUCACAGGGCUCUCCCCUGCCCUGCACCAUUGGCCCCCAGACCCAUAGAGGUGAGGCUUUGGGGUGCCUGGGCGCCCGCCAGCCUUCUGGAGCCUUGGUUUUGUUACCUAAAACAUGGGCCGGUAUCGCUGUGAGGUUGUGGUCUAGCAUGAACGUGAAGGGGUGUCUCUGGUACCCCACGGAUUCUUUGGUUUUGGGCCGUGUGAUGGGGCAGAUGGAGCCUCCCACACCCCUCUCUGGGUCUGGAUGCCUCGGCCUGUCCACGUGUCUGUCUGACCCAUUUGGGGUUCAGGAGCCUCCUCCCUGCAGCUGGCUUUUACGCUGUCUUCCUGGGCAUCUGUGUCUAA